AUGCAAGCUAUCAUAGUCAUGCCAGGCCUAUUGUUACAAAAACCACAUGCCAAAGCAGGAACCAAGGAGUUCUGUGAACACCUUGCACGACGUCUUUCUUUGUGGAAGGCGGGUAACAUCAAUGAGCUGCUAGAGGAGGCCCGUACCAUUCAAUCCAGAUUACCUGAGCUAGAUAGACAGCGAGGAAUAACAGAAAAGAAGCUAAAUAGGCGGUUUGCCACUCUCAUCCGGAAAGGAGAGGUCCAUUCAGCCAUCUCCCUCAUCACUGAAUAUGGCAAGGGUGGACUACUUGAACUUACACCAGAAGUAAGAACUGAACUAAAAAGAAAACACCCCAAAGCAAAACCUGCAAACCCAGAGGCCUUGAUACAAGGAGAUGCACUCAUUGUUAACCCCAUCUUAUUCGAAAGUCUAACUGGUGAGGUUGUAAGAAAGACUGCACUAGCAACCCACGGUGCCGCUGGUCCCUCCAUGGGAGAUGCUUAUAUAUGGAGACGUAUGAUGGUAUCUUUUAAGUCAGCAUCAAAAGAUUUAUGUGAUGCGGUGGCGGAAGUGGCAAGGCACAUAGCAUUAUAG